CUAUUGCGCUGGUCAACGUUACGCUCGAAACGAAAUUGACAAGCGGCAGAAUAUGUCCAUAGAGAGUUUCUAUUGGAUAAAUUCAGGUAGGUCCCGCCCCGUUUCGUGUUCUUCCGUUUAAAACACGUUUUUCAACAGAAUCGGUGUUAUGAAUAUGCCCAAGCUGUCAUUUCUGAUCCACUAACAGGCAGACUAACGAAACAACAUGACAUCCCCCAAAAAGCAAGGUUUAUUACGGGAGGCAUCUCACCAGAUCAUUGCCGGUGGAUCAGCAGGUCUGGUGGAGAUUCUGUUGAUGCACCCUCUAGAUGUGGUGAAGACCAGGUUUCAGAUCCAGAGAGGCACCAGUGAUCCACACAACUACAAGAGCCUCGCGGACUGCUUUAGAACCGUCUUCCGCAACGAAGGUAUAUAUGGCUUCUAUAAGGGGAUCCUCCCUCCAAUCCUGGCUGAGACUCCAAAGAGAGCAGUUAAGUUCUUCACCUUCGAACAGUACAAGAAGCUGCUGAGUCUCACCGGUCUGCCCGCUGGCCUAGCUCUGUCAGUAGCAGGUCUAGGGUCAGGCCUGACCGAGGCAUUGGUGGUCAACCCAUUUGAAGUGGUCAAAGUCGGCCUGCAGGCCAACAGAGAUUCUUUCCAAGUGCAGCCCUCCACGUUUUCCCAAGCACGGAACAUCAUCAACGCAGACGGCUUUGGCCUGCGAGGGCUGAAUAAAGGGUUAACGUCGACCCUGGGGCGCCACGGCGUCUUUAACAUGAUCUACUUUGGAUUCUACUUCAACGUCAAGGACGCCAUUCCUGCCAGCCAGGACCCAACCCUGGAGUUCCUGAGGAAGUUUGCUAUUGGCCUGGCUUCUGGAACCAUCUCUUCCUGUGUCAACAUUCCCUUCGACGUGGCCAAAAGCCGCAUCCAGGCUCCCCAGCCCAUACCGGGAGAGAUCAAGUACCGGACCUGCUUCCAGACCAUGGGCCUGGUCUACCGGGAGGAAGGAUACUUGGCGCUGUACAAAGGACUGGUCCCCAAGAUCAUGAGACUCGGACCAGGUGGAGCUGUGAUGCUGCUGGUGUAUGAAUACGUAUCUGGAUGGUUAAAUAAGAACUGGUGAUGAGAAGAAGCCCACCAGCCAUGCCUUAAGGUGCCCACCAGCCAUGCCUUAAGGUGCCCACCAGGCAAUCUAUUAGGAUGCCCACCAGGUAGUUUACUGAAGCGCACCAGGCAGCCUUAGGAGGCCUGCUGUCUCAGGUUCCAACAUCCACAGGCCUCCCUAAACCCUGUGACCUCCAAUAGACUGUUCCAGCUAGUGCCCGUCCCAUACAUACAACCAUUGUACAACCAGAAUGCAACCAUAGUAUAACCAGAAGGCAACCAUAGUACAACCAGAUGCAACCAUAGUACAACCAGAAUACAACCAUAGUACAACCAGAAUACAACCAUAGUACAACCAGAAUACGACCGUAGUACAACCAGAAUAGAACCGUAGUACAACCAGAAUACAACCGUAGUAUAAUCGGAAUGCAACCAUAGUAUAACCAGAAGGCAACCAUAGUAUAACCAGAAGGCAACCAUAGUACAACCAGAAUACAACCAUAGUAUAACCAGAAGGCAACCAUUCUACAACCAGAAUGCAACCAUAGUAUAACCAGAAUGCAACCAUAGUACAACCAGAAUACAACCGUAGUAUAAUUGGAAUAGAACCAUAACGCAUAACACUGAUCUGUUAUCCACAUUGCAGCCAUACAAGCUCAUCUUCCAUUACACUCAAUAAUAAUCCACCUCGACAAAUCAAGGCCCUGCCUCAUUUAAUGCACAAACAUUAUUGGGAACAACUUAACACUUCUAAUACAAUAGCCAUGCAUGCCAUUACAUACUGUGUGCAUAGAUGAGUCCUAUAUUGUAUCUCGCUGCCAUACUAAUGUAAACCAAUUUAACAUACAGGGGGUUUAGAGUCCACUACAAACUAUUUCAAACACACAGCCGGUGUUCCAAGCCCAAAUGUCCAGAUUACACACACACGCGCGCGUGCGCUCCACCCACAGUGCAUUAAUUCAAAGUCGAAUUCACAUAAACGGAAUCAGGCACAGGAUGAAGCUUCCUGUAAAAUUCUGUCAUUUUUGUACACAUUGAAUAGAAAUGACAAAAUCAUCAUAGAAGACAAUAGAGACUCGCAUUGAUAUCUUGAAAUAGUUUGUGAUUUUAUUUUUUUCGUAGAAUAUCUUUUUCAAAGUCCCUAUGAAGCUACUUGUAUGUGACAGAUUAAAACACGUCAAACUUGAA